AUGGAGAAAGACGCCGACGGGUUCUACACGCCUGCUCCUGCUGCAGCCGCCGCGCCGCCGACCGAGGAUGUCACGGAUCUCAUCAAGUCGACCUUCGAGGUCGCGGUCACGCUCGCAGAUCAACAAGCGGAUCCGAACUCGCCGCUGUUCAGCGCGAAGACGUUCGAGGAGCUCGGGCUGCAUGAAGACUUGCUGAAGGGGAUUUACGACAUGGGCUUCACGAAGCCGUCCAAGAUCCAGGAGCGCGCCCUGCCGCUGUUGCUGGCGAACCCGCCGCAGAACAUGAUCGGACAGUCGCAGUCGGGAACGGGGAAGACGGCCGCGUUCGUGCUCACGAUGCUGAGCCGCGUCGACUUCGCGGUGCACAAGCCGCAGGCGCUCUGUCUCGCGCCGUCGCGCGAGCUGGCGCGGCAGAUCAUGUCGGUCGUGAACGCGAUGGGCAAGUUCACGCCGGUGCAGACCGAGUACGCGAUCAAGGAGUCGGUGCCGAAGUCGGCGACGAACAUCACCGCGCACGUCAUCGUGGGCACGCCGGGGACGAUGAUGGACCUCCUCCGGCGGAAGGUGAUCGACGCGUCGGGGGUGAAGGUGUUCGUGCUCGACGAGGCGGACAACAUGCUGGACAAGGACGGGCUCGGGGACCAGACGCUGCGGGUGAAGAACAUGCUGCCGCGGAACCCGCCGGCGCAGAUCGUGCUGUUCUCGGCGACGUUCCCGGACCACGUGCGGACGUUCGCGAGCAAGUUCGCGCCGAACGCGAACAAGAUCGAGCUCCAGCGGAACGAGCUCUCGGUGGACAACAUCCGGCAGUUCUACAUGGACUGCCGGGACGAGGAGCACAAGUACGAGGUGCUGGUGUCGCUCUACAAGCUGCUCACGAUCGGGCAGAGCAUCAUCUUCUGCCAGCACCGACACACGGCGGACCGGAUCUCGCAGCGGAUGUCGACGGAGGGGCACAAGGUGGCGUCGCUGCACGGGGCGAUGGACGCGGGGGGGCGGGACGCGAUCAUCGACGGCUUCCGGGAGGGCAAGGAGAAGGUGCUGAUCACGACGAACGUGAUCGCGCGGGGGAUCGACAUCCUGCAGGUGAACAUGGUUGUCAACUACGACCUCCCGCUCAUGAACGAGCGCGACCACCACAACCGGGCGGACUCGCGGCCGGACAUCGAGACGUACAUCCAUCGGAUCGGUCGCACGGGACGGUUCGGACGGAAGGGGAUCUCGAUCAACUUUGUGCACGACAAGGCGACGUGGCAGCAGAUGGAGCAGAUCGAGAGCCAGACCGGGAAGCAGAUAAUCCGGAUCGAGACCAACGACCUCGACAAUAUGGAGGAGCAAAUGAAGAAGGCGCUCAAGUAG